AUGACACGAUUGAGAACAACAGAUUCUUUAGCAAUGCUUGCUCAACUGAGCACCAAUGUGGCCACCACCACUACGACCACAACAGCCGCUACUAGCGUUGGGUCGGUCGCCAAGUCCAACACAAACGGAAACAAAAGACCAACCAUCAUCAUUUAUCCAACUGUUUCACCGGAAUCAAUAGUCAUCCCGAUUGUUUCCUGUAUAUUUGGAUUUCCAUUACUGGCGUUAACAGUUAUUUGUUGCCUUAGACGAAGGGCAAAAUUAGCCAGAGAGCGAGCAAGACGUCGUAACUGCGAAUUAGAUCGUGGAGAAUUAUCAGUGGUGCGACUGUCGCCGUUGAAGAGCCGAGUACGUGCCGUGAGUCUAGUGCGCUCUCCUCGACCAUUACCAACUCUUGAGCUCGACACCGUACUAGAAGAGCGUUCCGACCCUGAACAAACUACAUUUUCUCAAGUGGACAUUACACCGGACCGAGAAGUGGGUACGAUAUUAUUCAGUGCGAUAGGUGCAGUAGGAACGGCGGCAGCAGCGGCGGCGGCUUGCGCUCGCGAUAGCUAA